CCUCAGAACCUCCUGCAGCAGAUCAAGGAGUUUGAGGAGAUGUUCACCGUUGACCGGGCCACCCUCAAGAAGGUUGUCGACCACUUUGUCAAGGAGUUGGAGAAAGGUCUGAGUGUCGAGGGUGGUAACAUUGUGAGUAUGGCCUGACCGGGCGGGCACUGGACUUCCACCGAUAAGGAUUACAAUGGACUAACCGGCCGACUCCGCAUCAGCCCAUGAACGUCACCUGGGUCAUGGGAUUCCCUGAUGGUGAUGAGCAGGGAACUUUCCUUGCCCUGGAUAUGGGUGGCACCAACUUGCGGGUUUGUGAAAUCACCUUGACGAAGGAGAAGGGGGGCUUCGAUAUUACCCAGUCUAAAUACCGCAUGCCCGAGGAGCUCAGGACCGGCACUGCGGAAGAGUUGUGGGAAUACAUCGCCGAUUGCCUGCAACAGUUCAUUGAAUCUCACCACGAGGGCGAAGAAAUUUCCAAGCUCCCUCUGGGUUUCACCUUCUCUUAUCCCGCUACCCAGGAUUACAUCGACCACGGUGUCUUGCAGCGUUGGACCAAGGGCUUUGACAUUGAUGGAGUUGAGGGUCAUGACGUUGUUCCUCCUCUAGAGAAAAUUCUCAAGGAGAAGGGACUGCCGAUCAAGGUGGCCGCCCUAAUCAACGAUACUACCGGAACUCUCAUUGCGUCCGCUUACACCGAUCCCGCUAUGAAGAUCGGCUGCAUCUUCGGUACCGGUGUCAACGCUGCGUACAUGGAGAAUGCGGGCUCCAUUCCCAAGCUGGCUCACAUGAACCUGCCUGCCGAUAUGCCCGUGGCCAUCAACUGCGAGUAUGGUGCCUUCGACAACGAGCACAUCGUGCUCCCGCUCACCAAAUACGAUCAUAUCAUCGACCGGGACUCUCCCCGUCCCGGCCAGCAGGCCUUCGAGAAGAUGACUGCCGGUCUGUACUUGGGUGAGAUCUUCCGUCUCGCCCUGGUUGACCUCUUGGAGACUCACCCUGGCCUAAUCUUCAACGGUCAGAAUACCUCGGAGCUGCGCAAGCCCUACCUCCUGGAUUCGUCCUUCUUGGCUGCCAUUGAGGAGGAUCCUUACGAGAACCUGCAGGAGACGGAGGAGCUUUUGGAGCGCAAGCUCAAGAUCAAGGCGACUCAGUCCGAGUUGGAAAUGAUCCGCCGCCUUGCCGAGCUGAUUGGUACGCGUGCAGCUCGUCUCUCGGCCUGUGGCGUUGCUGCUAUCUGCAAGAAGAAGAACAUCGAGUCGUGCCACGUGGGUGCCGAUGGUUCCGUGUUCACCAAGUACCCGCACUUUAAGGCCCGUGGGGCCCAGGCAUUGCGGGAGAUCCUUGACUGGGCCCCCCAGGAGCAGGACAAGGUUUGUAUUCAGGCUGCCGAGGAUGGUUCCGGUGUUGGUGCUGCUCUGAUCGCUGCUUUGACUCUGAAGCGUGUCAAGGCCGGCAAUGUGGUGGGUAUCCGCGACACGAACGAGAUGAAGACCCUUUUGUAAAUAUGUGAAAGUGGAGAAGAGGCCAUUUUGGAUUUUAUUUCGAGUUUGCAGCGUGGUGCUUGAAAGCGGCUGAUUUCAUUGAGGUUUCUUUUUCGCUUGGAGGAUUGGGGGGGAGGGGGUUUGGUAGUGGAUGAUGAUGAUAAUGAUAGAAGAGGAAAAGAGCAAGAGUAUAUACAGCUACAAGUGGGUAUACCGGAUGAAUAUGAGUGAUUGGAAGUGUUGUCGAUCAACGGCAAUAAGGCAUGCAUACCUUCCAUGGUUUAAAUUGUGCUGAUCGAGAGCAUCGAAGGGAGAAUGUUGAUGGGAUCCCAUUUGCACGCGGAAGUGGCUGAAAGGGAGCAAAGGGACAGUCAGACAGACAUUCCAGCUACGCGGCGGCAUCCCUCACAGCCAACCCUGAAUUGCCCUUCUCAAAAGGGGCGUGCAGCGUGAAUCGUGAUCUGUGAGAAGUGGAGUUGAGAUGCCAGUGUAAAAUCAUCAAACCUAAAACCCUC